ACCACAUCCAAGACCGGCGAUCUUCUGACCCUCAGAGACUACCGAAGCGACCUAGUGGAGCCAAGAGACUUCAUCACAACACAGCAGAAGCCUCUCCAGGCGAAACUGCUCCCACAAUCCUUCUCUGAUGGUUCGCGCGCUCCUUAUCCAGAUGCGACCACAAGUCCACUAGCUAGUAACUCAG